AUGACCACACCACCGAGGGAGACCACUGACGGCAUCGGAUUUGGCGGCUUGCAUGAGGCCGUCAAUUGCCCUAUCCCGGAUUUCGACUUGCCUGGAGGCCACACUUUAUCAGUCCAUGACUGGACCAGCCAAUCAGACCUCGCGGGCCAUAUCAAAGAUGCCACGAUUAUCCUGACCACGACGAUUCGUCUUUCUGCCGAUGUUCUAAGUCCCCAAGUUACCCCGAAGCUCCGGUUGAUUGUGAUCAUGGCAUCCGGAACGGACUGUGUCGACAAAGAAGCUGCGAAGGCGCGGGGAAUCACCGUGCGCAAUUGCCCUGGCACUAACGUAAAUAGCGUUAGUGAGCAUACUGUUGGUCUCUAUUUCGCCGUACGGAGGAAAUUCGUUGACUUGCACAGCAUUAUGGUUGCAGUGCCCGAAGACAUAGCUUGUGAUACUGAGUGGAAAAUGAAAGGUGGGCUGAACGAGCGGCUCCGUACUUCGGACGGGGAAGCACCUUUAUUAUGUGGGGAUGAGACCGUGGGCAUAGUCGGCUAUGGAACACUCGGAAAGCGCAUCAAGGCUUUAGCCAGGGCGCUAGGCAUGCACGUACUUGUGGCGGAGCGGAAGGGCAUGACACCUCGGCCAGGUCGCGUCUCCUUCGAGGUAGCUUUGCAAAGCUCAACUGUCUUGAUUCUGUGCUUGCCGCGUACUUCUAGAACGAUCAAUUUGAUUUCGACGCUAGAGUUACAGACUAUGCCCCGCCAGGCGAUUCUUAUCAAUGUCGCUCGAGGUGAACCUGCUGGAGGAGACAUCUCCCCUUUGUUAAAUUCGGAUGCAGCCGGUUUGAAUUUGGUCUUGACACCUCAUCUGGCGUGGUUCGCUAAAAAGACAUUGCGCAAUCUGCAGGUUGCUACAAAGGCAACUGUUGAACAGUGGUGUACUGGGGACACAAUCAACCGUGUGGCAUGA